UACUGACUAUGGAAAGAGUGUAACUGUGAUUUGAGUGAGGCAGAUCCAUUUUCAAAAUCUCUCAUUGUGUCUCUCCAAUACAUCGGAUCGGACGGUGACAAAGCAAGAUGAAGCUCACCCUAAGUUACGGGAUCAUCUUGUUGUUUCUCACUGGCUGUCACACAAUUGAUGUCUUCCUACAGAAACCUUCCGCUCUGCAGCUCCUGUCUCGAAUCCGCAGAGCAAACAACCUUGCAGAAGAGGUUAGACAAGGGAAUCUGGAGCGAGAGUGUGUGGAAGAAACAUGCUCAAAGGAAGAAGCCCGAGAGGUUUUUGAAGAUGAUUCCAAAACGGCCGUGUUCUGGAAGCAUUACAUCAUAGGCUGUUCUCCUAUCCUGAGAAAUGAAGGGAAAUUUCUUAACAAACAAAAGGAAAUUAAUAAACUUCGAAAAGUGCUCAGAGAACAGAGGGAGGAGGUCUUCGACUUAGAAAAUGCACUCAUGGAAAAGUUAGGAGACUGCCUUGAUAGUAAAUAAUAUCAUUCUAUCCUUGGAGGCUGUGAAGGACUCAGAGAAUCAGAGAGCUAUUUAGCACAGAAACAGGCCUUUUGGCCCAUCAUGUCCAUGUUGAGCUUUUUGCCCAUCUAUACUAAUUCAUAUGAGCAGCUGGUGCGUAUCAUAUGUCCUGGUUAUGAUGCCUAGGCGGACAAUCUCUGAAGGGUAUCGAUGAUGGUUGGGGUCACCCACCUUGUAAAGACACUGCCCAGAAGAAGGCAAUGGUGAGCCAUUUCUGUAAAAUAAAAUUGCCUAGAACAAUUUUUUCUAUGUUUUUUUCCUAUGUUCUAUGUUUAGCAAUCACAGUCAUGGAAAGGCCAAGUUCGCCCACGUUAUAUGACAAGGCACAUAAUGAUGAUUAUGCUAAUUUUAUUUACCUCCAUUAGGUCAGUAUCUUAGGGACACUUAAGAAACUCUUAGAUAAGUACAGGGAUGAUAUAAAAUUGGAAGGGUAUGCAGGAGAUAGAUCUUAGAAUAAGUUGAAAGGUUAACACAACAUUGUGGGCCAAAGGGCUCUGUUGGGCUGUACUGUUCUGUGUUCUCUGUCCUGCCUGUCUAAAUGUCCAUCUAAAUGCCUCUUGAUCACAGUAAUUGUAUCCGAAAUGAGCUAACUAUUCAGCCUGAAGCUAUGAACGAUGUUUGAUGCAAUUCUUAAUAAAGUGUGUGUUGGUGGAAAUUAAAAAAAUUAA